CGCAGGCGUACGCAGCAGAGCAUCUUCAAGUUAGUGUCAAGUUCUGUCCUCGAGCAGCUAGAACAACACAACACGGGUCCGCGAGCUCCAUAGGGGAUUAGCCAGUUUGUUAACAAGUAAGCGCCUCGUUGUGUUGUAGCUGACAGUAAAAGCGGUUUUGAACAUGUCAGAUCUCGUAAACUGUGAACAAUCUGAGGAGCAGCCUGCGACUGAAAGUGAGUCUGAGGCAGAGGGCUUUGAGAUCAUUAAUUUCUCAUCCAUAAGAAUAGAAUACUAUAGGUCAUUUGAGUAUUGUCGGAAGUGGAAGAGACCCAUGUAUCACCAACGCCCCUCCAGACUACCAAAGGCCUCCAAGAACGACCCCCAGAGAAGUCCCAGCCCAAAUGAAGAAGUUAUCCAGCGUAAGCUGAGGAGUAAGAGACAGAGAACAGGCCUGAGGAAGAUUGAAGCUGGCGACAGCAGAGUCAAUACAGAUGAGGGGAAGGACCGUGACAUCAUCGACAUCAUUAACAGCACACAUGAUGGAAAAGAUGUCGAAGAGUGUGAAGGAAGAUCUGUACAGGUGAUUGAUGAAGGAGUGGACGAGUCAGAUGAAGAUUGCUGCUCCGUUACCAGCAGCAUAGCUUCCGGUCCUUCCUUUCUGCGUAACGCCUCUCCCAAGAAACUGCGGCCCUUGCAGGGCUUGUGCUCAGACUGUCAGAAUCUCUACCAGAAGGCGAAGAAGACAAAAGCACCAAUGAAAAACAAACUCCUAAACAACGAUCCCAAGUCCCUGACAUGUGACCAGUGGGUCCUGAUCAAGGAAUGGAGACCUAAGAGGCUGCCUAAUGCAAAAGGGAAGCUUUUGCUCCAUGUACAACUGGUUAAGAAAAGACUUAAGGUCAACAAUGGUGCAAAGCGACCUGCACAAUGUGUGGUAGAGGGAGAAUCAUCAGCCUGCUCGAGGCCGCACACGUUCCUUCAGAGGAACCUUAAACAGCAUGUCAGAUUGCUGGUGAAAAAGGAUAGGAAGAAAAACAAGAGGAAGAGGAGGAGAAAUGGCUCUCAGGGUCCUCGCGCCCUACAAUCACAGCCAACACAUCAGUAUUAGCAGUACCAAUGAGAUCGGUGUUCACCCAACCAGCGGUCACAGGAGCAGUCUGGGUAUAGAGGGUCGGAGCGAUCAAGACGUCGAUGAUCAAGCGGACACAAAUCUGAAUGUUGGUUUGAUUCCCUCCACAGUCACUCUGACAACCACCAAGCCAAGCGAGGUCCCACCCAAGCACAAAACACCUAAGAAGAGGGGGGGAUUCAGAGACUUGCUUGUGCAGUUGCGUGGCAACAGCAACAUGAUCGUCCGAGAGUCGCAUUAGUGACGUGACUUUUUUUAAGCUACACUUUAACGGCUACAGCUUUCAGUAAAGUAUUCUAGCCACAUUUUAGCUUUGAUUUAUGAUGUUCCCUGUUUAGCGUGGCUAUUAUUCUUUUCUAAACACCAGUCUGUAAAUACUUGCUCCAGUGUACCUGGAGUCAUACCUGUACGUAUAGGUCUAAGUUUAAUGGCAAAGUACUACUGCAGUUCCACAUACUUGCAUGUUAUUUAUGUUUUUGAAUUUCAAAUAGUUUGUUUAAAGUUUUUUUUUACAUUAAAGCUGUUUUUCAUUAUA